AUGGCCUACCAUUAUUUCCUUUUCCUUGUAUUUCUCGUAUUCAUAUCAAAAAUAGAAAAAGUGAAGAGUACCACUGAUCAAUGGGCUAAUUAUCAUAAUCAAAAUGAAUUGGAAGCCAUCCUUAUAAAUAUUAAUAAACAUUGUCCUAAUUAUACUACUAUUUAUUCAAUUGGUGAAAGUGUCGAGGGACGUGAUUUACUUGUUAUUCAAUUUUCAACAACACCUGGACAACAUCAACUAUUAAAACCGGAAAUGAAAUAUAUUGGAAAUAUGCAUGGAAAUGAACCUGUUGGACGAGAACUUUUAUUACGGCUUGCAUCUUAUUUUUGCGAUCAAAUUUUGGCAAAAAAUAAAGAAAUCAUUGAACUGAUCAAUUCGACAUCAAUUCAUCUCUUACCAUCAAUGAAUCCGGAUGGAUUUGAACGUGCACUGUCAACAGAAAGGAAUGCUCGAGAUUGGUUUGUCGGUAGAUCCAAUGCGAAUGGUAUUGAUUUAAAUCGAGAUUUUCCAGAUCUUGAUGGUUUCUAUUACUAUUUGGAACGACAUAAUAUACCUCGUUUUGAUCAUCUCCUAGAAUUGUUCGGUGGUGAAGCAAAAGAAUAUCAACCAGAAGUUCGUGCUGUUGGCCAAUGGAUUCUUUCUUUACCAUUUGUCUUAUCAGCCAAUAUUCAUGAAGGCGAUUUAGUGGCUAAUUAUCCGUUUGAUUCCGCUCGAAUUCCAAACAACAACGAAUAUUCUAUAAGUCCUGAUGAUCAAACAUUCCGAUAUCUUGCGGAGAGUUAUGCAAAUAAGCAUGCUCAUAUGGCAAAAAAUGAUCAUCCGCCCUGUGAUGGAACUAUUAAUGAUGCAUUCACACAGCAAGGUGGAAUAACAAACGGUGCAAAAUGGUAUUCGGUUUCGGGUGGCAUGCAAGAUUUCAAUUAUUUAGCAACAAACGCAUUUGAAAUAACAUUAGAAUUAUCAUGUGAAAAAUUCCCGGACAGCUCAUCAUUACCGCAACUUUGGGAGGAUAAUAAAGAAGCAUUGAUUGAUUUCAUUCGAAAGGUUCAUAUUGGAAUCAAAGGUAUUGUAAUAGAUCAAAUUACCGGAGAACCAAUAUCAGAAGCUCUUAUUUGGAUCAAGAAUAGUACCGAAAUCACACCGAUCAAACAUCCUGUCACAACUUGGGAUACUGGUGAAUAUUUUCGUUUACUUACGCCAGGACGUUACGAAAUUUACGUAACAGCAGAUGGCUAUCAAUCAACAUUCAAACAAGUGAACGUUACAAAUGAUAGCCAAACAUCAGCGAAGAUUGUAAAUUUUGCUCUAAUAAUGGAACAACCAAAGGAUUUCGAUGUACCACAGGAUGAAAUUCUAAACGAGGUGAAAUAG